AUGUAUCGCCAGUCUUUCGCACCACCGCCGGCGCAGUCACCUCCACUCCACCAUCCUGUGCCUCAGCAUGUGUCUACCGUUCCCAUGAUGCGCUCGCCUCCUCCCCCAACAUCCCAGCAACCCCAGUCGUCUGGGUAUGGUAAUCCUUAUCAGCCCUCUCCUGCGCAGGGCGGCAGCGGAACAUAUGCGCCUGGUUUUAGUGGGUUCAUUAAUGAUCCCACAGCACAGAUGGGAUUCCAGGUUGGGAAGACGGCGAUGGCUGCUGGCCAGGAGUAUAUGGAACAGAACUUCAAUCGCUAUGUCUCCAUUCCGGCUCUCAAACAUUACUUCAACGUUUCGAAUUCCUACGUCCUGAAUAAGCUCGCACUCGUGCUCUUCCCCUGGCGACACAAGCCUUGGUCUCGCCAGCAAGCACGUUUAGCAACGUCGUCGGCGGGUCCUACUGGCCAGAUUGCCCAGCAACAAUACUCAUCCAUGUUCCUCCCCCCUCGUGACGAUCUGAACUCUCCAGAUAUGUACAUCCCUGUGAUGGCGCUCGUCACCUAUAUUCUGCUUUCAGCGGUGCUGGCAGGAUUCCGAGGUCAAUUCCAUCCGGAGCUACUUGGCUCGAUAACUACGACGGCUAUUGCGGUCAUAGUCUUUGAAAUACUGUGUCUCAAGUUGGCCAUGUACAUUCUCAGCAUCAACAAUGAAUCUCAGCUGUUGGACCUCGUGGCAUACUCUGGCUACAAGUUCGUUGGCAUCAUCGCAACUCUGGUUAUGUCCGAGAUCCUGACGCCAGGAAGAGGAACUGGCGGUUGGGUUGGCUGGGUUGUGUUCGUUUACACAUUCCUCGCCAAUGCGUUCUUCUUGCUCCGCUCGUUGAAGUACGUUCUACUCCCAGACUCAACCAGUGAUGCGUCCAUGCGCGCCGGUUCGAUGCAUACAGUUGCCCGUUCGCAGCGCAAUCGUCGAACUCAGUUUCUGUUCAUCUACUCUUAUGUCAUCCAAUUCAUCUUCAUGUGGGUGCUGAGUCGCGAGGGCCCAGCUACUGCUGCCUCAGCAGCUGCAAAGGGUGCCGGGUCGCUGUCAUGA